AUGGCCGCCGAGCCAGCAGCGGACGCGGACUUCGCCGCUUUCCUUAUCGUGCGCAAGAACCGCGACUCCUGCAUACACUGGCUGCUCACCUACUGCCAGGCGAUCGAGCGAGAGUGGAGCGACGCUGAGCUCCGGCGACGCCGCCUCGCAUCGCUCCGGCGUUGUCUCGCGUCGCUGGCGGAGCACGCGCACGCAGACUGCCGAGAGCUGGCGCCACUCGCGCCGCGAAUGCUGCACUCGACCGACUUUGACGAGCGGCACUUUCUCAACCUCGUGCUGCCAAUCGAGCGCCGUCACUCGCGUGGCCUCCGCGACGACGAGCUUCACGGCGCAGAUUUUCCGCCAGCACAGGGCGGCGCCAGGGACGUCUGCGACCACCUCCGCUCGGCCUUCAACGUCGGUGAAGCGGCCAAUAGCUGCGAGAAGCUCUGCUUUGUCCCAGGCUCGAUCUUCCGGACCGCCGAGUGCCUUGGCAUCUCGCGGCUGGUGCUGUGCGGAUACACGGCGACGCCCGACGACGCGCAGGCAGCCCGCACAUCGAUGGGCACGCAUCACUGGCGAUCAGUCAAGCGCCGCCGCGCCGAGACUGCAAUCGACGAGCUUCGCGCGGCGGGCGUGCCGGUCGUCGCGGUGGAGACAGUCGCCGGCGCACCGUACGCGCACGAGUUCGCCUUCCCGCCGCCGCCGGCCGGGUGCGCGCUGCUGCUGGGCAACGAGCGGCGCGGGGCUGGCGUCGGACCUGGCCGCCUCUUCCCCGAAGCACGGCCUCGCGCCAGAGCUGCUCGCGCGCUGCGACGCGGUUGCCUCAAGAAUUCGCUCAACGUGGCGGUGGCGCUCGGCAUGUGCGCGCACGAGGCGGCGCGGCAGUGGGCGGUGGGUGGUAAGGAGGCUGCAGGAGACGCCGUCGGGAAGUGA